CCCAAACCUUCAGUCCCCUGUGAUGUGCAAUCGCCAGCUCCCUUAUCGCCUCAGUAUCUGAUCAUGAGGUCUGACUAACUGUGUUCAUUGUCCUUACGACGCCAGAGGAUACAUAUAUCUGACGUUGUUCCCCUUUCCAUCCCCACGUCGCAUCCUACCAUCCAUCCAAAACAUAUCACCUAACAACGCCGGCCCUUCUUCAAAAUGUGGAUUCUACCUUUAAUAGGAUAUUUGGGAGUCAUUGUGGGGUUUGCGUUUCUCACGUUGGCGAUAGCUUCUGGCCUCUACUAUCUGUCGGAACUUGUAGAGGAGCACACGGUCUUUGCGCGUCGGCUAUUGUCCCGGCUGAUAUAUAGCAUCAUCUUUGUUCAGGCCCUCCUCUUCUUGUUUGACCGAUUUCCCUUGGGCUUGUCCAUUCUCAGCAUCGGCUCGCAUAUCGUCUAUGCCAGCAAUCUUCGACGGUUUCCAAUUGUCAAACUAUCAGACCCCCUAUUCAUCUUAUCCUGUAUUCUCGUUGGCUUGAACCAUUGGCUAUGGUUCCGCCACUUUUCCCGGCCAUUGCCUCCAUCACGCGCCGCAAGCUGGCGUCAGCCGUAUCAAGUCAACGUUGAGGAUAUGCCGACCUUCACUGAAGUCGCUUCUUACUUUGGACUUUGUGUCUGGCUUGUCCCUUUUGCACUGUUUGUCAGCCUCAGUGCGGGCGAGAAUGUUCUGCCUAGUAUGGGCUCCGAGUAUGCGACAGGCGAGCGCAUGCCUAGCUCAGGGUUCCCUGGCAGCUCUCAUUUGUCUGAUGGAAAGUCCAAGAACAAGGGAAUGGCAAAGGCUUUGGUCGAUGGCUUUCGAGAAUGGGUUAAAGAAAACGGUGAAGUGAUGGGCUUUUGGAACGGUGAACGAUCAAAAAGAUUUUAGAGUUCUUUCUCCUUCAUGAAACAUCACCUUUGGCUACUGGG